CACUUGCUGACCGACUAGUGCCUCUCUACCUGCCCCAAACUAUUGGCCUUCGCCGCGAUGCCGUUUGACCGGUCCUCUCACUCACACUCAUGGGACAAAAUCUCUCGCAAAUUCACUCCCACUCAACAGCCGGUUUGGCCGUCUAGAGUCUACCAUACAUACGUUGACCCAACGGUCGUUUUGCUUCGUAUUAUGGCUAAACAUGUUGAUACGAGCGCGGCCUCAUUCCAGUCUGAAUAAUAAAUAUAAAUACUUUGUUCUAGAACGUAUUUAGUGAACAAUUAGCUAUAAUUAGAAUGAAAGAUAAUAGUCAUUUAAUUACUUAACUGACGAAAGUUAUCCAAGUUUAAGCGGUGCAAAAGUUCUAAAGGUGCACAUUUGUUGUUUAAUGCAAGUGUUUUAUAAUUUACAUACAAUAAGUGUGAUGUGUUGUAAAUAAAGGUGCUAUGAGUUAAAUUAAUUUUCAUUAAGGUUUAAAUUCCACAAUAUGAGUAUUAUGACCCAAGCUCCAUCUAAUAGAAAUAUGGAAUCAUUACCAAAGCAGUUUGUAUCCGCGAUGCGGACCUUGUUCGAUAUUAUGGAUGAUAAACAUACUGGGUACGUAAAGCUCACGGAUAUCGAAAAUCGUUGGAGAGAUGACCGCACUAAAGGUUUGCCAAGAGGUGUUAUAGAGAGCCUUCAAAAGGUCGCUUCCCACGACGGUUUACUAACAUUUGAACGCUUUUGUACCGGCCUUAAAAUAUGUCUUUUGUGCAAUCAAGUUGAAAAGACUUCUGAUAAAGUUAACAGACUUAACGACGAAGAAUCAGGAGGCACCAAUGUUCAAAUAAGCAACAAUAAUCAAGGCCACCAUCGCCCGCCUUCAGCGCCCUUACUCGAUGUCGACGUGCAGCAGGACAAGAAUUGGAACGCAAUUAAAAAUACAGAGACAACAUCACAACAAAGAACUAUCAGCAUGCCCCAGUUGCUAGGCCGCAAAGAUGGCCCUUUCCAAGAGAUGAGGAACCACGGAGCAGCAAUAAAUAAACACGACAGGGUUUUCGCUCCUCCAAAACCGCCAAGAUUGGAGAAAAUUUCUGCAGAAAGGAAGGAACCCCCUAGAAGCUUCAAAACAGAUGACGCACCACGCUUUGAGUCUGAAGACAUUGGGGACUUAAAAAUUGACUUUGAGGAAGUAGCACGGUCGGGAGAGGAGGCCAGUAGAGGCCUGGGAGAUGGAAGACCAUCAAACGAUACACAAGCGCAAGGCAUGCGUCGCACGCGCCGUCGCGAGCCUCGGCGACACACCCUACAUAACGGUGUGGACUAUAAUCUCCUCAAACGAAUGAAACAGAUUGAACAAGAAAAGGAUGUGUUGCUACAGGGGUUGAAUGCAGUCGAGGAAGCAAGAGAGUGGUAUUUAAAGCAGUUGGGCGAGGUCCAGGAGAAGAUGCGACAUGCUGGGCGGAUGGGAGUUUAUGUUGAGCCAUGGAGUGAAGCGCAUCAGGAACGGCUGGAGCUGUUGCGUGCGCGAGUACUGGAGUUGAACCGGCAGCUGGGCGCGCUGGCGGCGGGUUGGCGGCACGGCCAGCUCUCGCUGCACAUGAACCUGGCGCUGCCGGCCGCGCCCAACGCGGGCGUGUUCACGUCCGUCACCAAGCAGAACCGCAUGUUAGCCGAGGAAGUCAAUCGGAAAAAUGAGAGAAUAGCUGUUUUGGAGAGGGAAAAGUCAGCACUGAUCAGAGAGGUGUUAGGACAAAGAAAUCGAACAAAGAUUAUGGAUAACUUUGCAUAAACACACACAGAAUUUUAAAAAGUAGAAUAAGAUCAUACAGAGAUUUAGGUGCUAAUUUGUCUAUCCAGUUCUCAAUAGUAAAGAACAUAGAAAUAUAAGACCCAGAACCAUGUGUUCAUAAGAAUCAUAAGCCAAAAAGAUUGGCAUCAUUUUCUAUAAAAACAAAAUCCUAGAACUGUCAUUAAAAUUAGACAAAGUCAUAUAUACAUGGUGGCUAAAAAAUUACUGCAUUCCUGUUGCCAAGGAGGUUUUGGGAUUAUACUGAGCAACUUUUACUAUGGGGCCAACCCCGAACGCGAAAAAAAAUUUACUAUCCCAGAGCAAAUGAACCAGCCAAAACGUAUGAAACUCCCAAUUUUUAUUUCUAAACUCAUGAGGGACUGUAUUGAUGUUAAGUAUGUAAUAUAAUUUGGUAUGUUAAAAAACAAAUUACACAACUGUGUACAUUUUAUUUUCUUGUGAUACUAAUACUAUGUCUUGCAAUUAACAGUAGUGCCAUACUUAAGAAAAAUCUAUUUAUACUAAAACAAAUCUGCAAUUAAAGGAUGCUUGACUACAUUAAGAUAAUAUAUCGAAUAAAAUGUGAAAUACAA